UGGCGAUGUGGUGCGAGUGAAGGAAAUAUUUCAACAUUCAACUUGUGAAAUUCAAGCCUUUGCAGACGCACUUUUGAGUUUUCCAUCUCGGCGCCAGGUGGAAUUAAAUAUUUUCCCGCUGCGACUGACUGACUGAUGAAAGUAGUUUGUUAAUAGCGCAUGUUAUGUACAGAAACAACAACAGAGGUUUUAAUUAGGUGUAUUAAGAGGAAUGCAUGGCACAAAGAAGGGCAAUUAGAACAUAUGAGACUGAUGGAAAGUAGGAAUUUCUUGCUCCUGGAGUGAAUUUCCCGGAAUAUCUCCCAUUUCCGGUGGCAUCAUUCAACCAAGUCUGCUUGCUUCGCAUGUAAAUUUACCGUUGAAGCUGUUUAUUGUGCAAGUGGUUCUUGUGGUUUUGAGGUAAGUCUACCCAUUGUCUUGGUCACUUAAUUUAUGAUUGAAUUGUCUGGAUAGCCUCAGAGGCCACACACAUGAAAAUCCAGUGGUUCGGUUGUGAAGUAUAUGUUUUGAGCCGUCUUAUCACUGCCCGAGAUAAGGAAAUUCCACUGAGAGUGGGAAGUAUAGUUUUUCUAACACCCCAAACGCGUGCUACAAUCUCACGUAUGCAUUUCAUCAGACUUAUUGUGGAAGGAUUGUUUUUGCUAUUUUUGUCGCCUUCACAAACUUUAGACUCGUGAGCGUGCUUUUUCAAGUUCACGGAUUUCAUGCAGCGUCUUCUCUCGUGAUACUUCGCAAUCUCCGGCUAUUAUAUACUUCGCACAAUAUGUGUUAUCGAUGAAACUGUGACGAAAGCUCCAUGAGCGGCGUCUUGUCUUCUCCCACCCUGAAGCUGUGGCAAAUAAAUACAAGUCGUCGUUAGUUAUGUGCCACAAACAAGCAAAUUAAUACAUAAGUCGACGGGCAUUUCUAUGAAUUCCCAUGUCGACAGCAGCACAUCAGCAUGGAAAACAUUCAAUCAACACGCGUUCAUCCGCUCGUCCAGUCACUUCAGUCGCGGCUCCUGGCAACAUUGGCAAAGUGUGGUGUAUCUGGUUGGAGAAUCCCAAGUGUUGGCAAUUGAACAGAUACUCUGUGUGGCAAACAGAAAGGAUGGAGACCAAGGGUGGCUUCACUCAGUCUUUUGAGACUAACAAUUUCGUGCAAUUUGCCAUGAAUGCUCUGAGAUUGCGUCGCCAGAAGCCACUUCAUCACCUGGAGACGAGCCUCAGUGAGCCAGAGGAGGAAAUUGAAUUACCUGAAAUUUCCCUGGAGGAAGUUGCAAAUCACGACAGUGCCACAGACUGCUGGAUUGUCAUUUACGAUCGCAUCUACGAUGUGACAAAAUUCCUCAAGCUGCAUCCUGGCGGUGACUAUGUGCUCCUCGAGCACGCCGGCAGAGACGCCACAAUUGCAUUCAGAGGCUCCGGGCACAGUCAAGAGGCGGUGGAUUCGCUGAAGAAGUGGCAAAUUGGACAACUCCCCGAGAAGGAGAGGAUAUUCCGCUGCGAGAAGCCCGUGUUCAAGACCUACCUUCCCGACCUGCCUCAAUAGCGUGAGCGUCGGAUAAACUUGUGCCCGAGCAGUAUUUAGUCUACACAAUGGCCUUAAGUUUGCAGGAAAAGUGUCUCUCUAGAGUUAACGAACGGUUUCACUACAGGGCGGAGACUCAGCGUCUCCUAAUAAAUAUUGUAAUACGUCUUCGGUAUGUACAUAUUACCAUUAAAAAUAAACUAAUUAUAAA